AUGCAAAUCUCCAUCCAUCUCUCCCCUCCCAACUGCAUUUUUGUCUAUAGCCAAUUCAACCACAGAAUGACAUUAAAGACUGAAAAAGGAUUGGUGGUGGGGUGGUUAGUGGUUGCAUCCUUGCUUCUUAUAUCUCCAACUUCUAGUUCAACAACCUCAAUCACGAAGGAAGCAAGCGACACCAUGGAUGGUCAAGCCAAGGGCGGGAGCGAUUCGAGCCACGACGGAGGAUGGAACUUUCGGUGUGGAUGUGGGUCAUCACCGGACGGAAGUUCGAACUACCGAUGGGGUGCUGGCACGGGCCCUGAUGGUAGCUCUUUCGGUUUUGGCUCCGGGUCUAGUCAAAGUUCCCAAGGUGGUGGUGGUAAUAGUGGUGGCUUUGCGUUCGGAUAUGGCGGAAAUGGUGGCGAUCGUGGUGGUUAUGCAAAUUCCAAUGGCAGGUUUGGGUUUGGUGGCAAUGUGCCUAGCCAACCUGAGUCCAAUGGGGCUACCAAUACUAACAAUAACCAUGUGGCACUAGACCUAGCAUGAAUCGUUGAUGGUUCUUUGUUGGUUAUAGUUAAUUGUGGGGUUAAUAUAUUACAACGGCCAGUGUAUGCCUGUUAUAUGUUGU